CGAGGCUGGAAGAGAUAGCAGAGACAUCAAGUAAGGUCAACGCAACAGAAAUACAGGCAGUCAUGUCUACUGCAUUGAUGGGCCGAGCAGCAAGAAUGACUGGGCUGAAGAAGCCAAGACCCUUGAAGAAAGUACCAGAGGACACAGACACACAGUUUGAGCCAGAUGAUUUCACAGACAAAGUUAAUUUGAUUCAGCAAAGAGCAAAGGAAUUUGUGAAAUCCACUCAGCCAAUCCAAGACACACCAGAUUGCCGAGUGAAGGCCUCAGUGCUUUCGACACCUUGUCACACAUUGCCACCCAACACCCGUGCCCAUCCACCAGAAAUCAUCACACAACACUACCCCAGGGGGCAGAAUGGCUUGCGUAACUCAAACAUGUGCAGUGACACGAAUAAUAACAUUCAGCAUAAGACCAGCCCGCUGGACUCUCUGAAGGGCAGACCUCCUCCUGGCUUCCAACGCACCGGGGAGCAGCGGAGAAGUUGCAGGAUGCAGGAAUCCCGGAAUAUACCGGAGAAGAAGAAAAGUUCUUCCUUUACUGGAACGAUACAGCUCGGAGGGGGAAAUACAGAAACACUCGUCAUUGCAUCAACAUGUCUGAAGAGUCUGCUGAGAGCUGCUAACCUUUUAGCAUGUCACAUGGAUGGAGAACUGAUUCAGAUAGACAACGAGGAGGAUGACUCAGCAGAGGUGCAGAAAAAAGAAAUAGCAGUUAAUAUGCCCAAAGUUCCCGGUCUCUUCAAACCGAAUUAUGACCAGAGGCUAUCUUGCAGCAGCAUCAGCAGUGGCAGUAGUAGCAGCCGCAGCAGCUGCUCAAAUGAAGAAAGUGACCUGGAGUGGUCUCUUAUAGAUGAGGAUGACAGGAGGUGCGAACCUCCUACUUCCUGUGUGUCUUCUUGUAUGGAUCCUGUGAGAGCCAAUUCAACAAUACGCUACACUGUGAAAGAUCUCCUCAUUAUGGCUAAACAGCCACAUGCCAAAAUUGCCCCCAGGAACUGGCCUCUUAUUAAAGAAACAUUCCCAGAACUUGUUGCCCAUGAGGAUCGUUACUUUGAGCCGUUUGACCUGAAGGCCUGUUCUCCUAGAGCUUUGGGGCGAACCAGAAACUUUGACAUCAAUGAAAAGAGGUGCCAUAUGGACAGCAUUCAUGAGUUCCGAUCAUUUGGAUUUAACAGUAACCAAGGAAGUCGUGAAAGUGACGAUUUCUUCUUGUAAGGAUGAAUUUCUGAAGAUGCACUUCACCAACUGUCUGAAGGGACCAUUGUUUUAGGUGUGAUGACUGUGGUAUAGCAGAGCAGAGGUUAAACAAAGAA